UUGCACAGUCCAGGUUGGAUCUGAUUUAUCUGUAGGGAGACUGUGCAAUGUGAGCAUUGGGCUUACAGGAGAAAAAAUAACGAAAUGGAAUUCAAAUAAUUGAACCGAAGUAGGUCAAUUAGUUGUUUGAAAACCGAAAAAUAACUCCGGUAAUAGCUCAGCACUACCAGCUAGACUAGAGGGCCUMCAGCAGGGUCCUGAUGUAUUCCAUUCCUCCCUCAGUGAACUCUGUGGCCAAUCAAUUACCACCAAUUGAUCAAAUAACAAGUAGAAAAUAAAUACAUGUUUGCCAUAGUAGCUUAUCUAAGUGCAGUGGCCCCUAUCAAAACMUUCACUUUUAUUUCUACCCAAAUCAACAAUAAAUCCACCGUAAAGGCUAUGCACCUUUAAAUUUAGCGGAGUGUUUUAGCUAGUAGCGGAUUGGACAAACGGCUUCCGUCCCCUCCGUUAGUAAGUAACAUAAAUCGCUAUAGUGGCGGGAGAUGUCAUGCGUGCUGUCUAUAGGUAAACAAACAACUUGAUCAGAGUAUUGCAUGAACAACAAUAGUGAACCUUGUUGUUGAUUGUGGAUAAUAUCUCCAUUAGUAGCUAGUUUAACUUGCCAACUAUACGGACCAAAGCGGGGAGAGAGUUUGUUAUUAUGAGCAGGCUUCGAUCAGCGAUGCAGAAGGGGAAGAGAGUUGCGCUGGACAAAACCGAGUCGUCAGCAAAACCAUUGCGGAAAAGAGCAAAAGCAACUGUGAAACAAGAGCCSGAUGAGACUGCAGCGUCUACAUACCAUUCAUUCCAUGAUCCUGCUGACAUUACACUCUUCAGGACACACAUCCUGUACUGGUAUGACCAGGGGAAGAGAGAGUUACCCUGGAGAACUGUGGCUCUGACAGAACCGGACAUCAACAUCAGGACAUAUGCAGUUUGGGUCUCAGAYAUCAUGUUACAGCAGACCCAGGUUGCCACUGUGAUCGACUACUACAAUAAGUGGAUGAAGAGGUGGCCAWCAGUACAGGAUCUUGCAGCAGCUACAUUGGAGGAAGUCAAUCAGAUGUGGGCUGGGCUUGGGUACUACUCCCGGGGAAAGAGACUUCAGGAAGGAGCUCAGAAGGUGGUAGCAGAGCUGGGGGGAGAGAUGCCCAGGACGGUUGAGGCUCUGCUGAAGCAGCUGCCUGGAGUGGGCCGCUACACCGCCGCAGCUGUAGGCUCCAUCGCGCUGGGCCAGGUGACGGGAGCUGUUGAUGGGAAUGUGAUCCGGGUCCUGUGUCGGGUGCGGGCUAUAGGGGCCGACAGUACAAGCCCAGCAGUGACUGAAGCUCUAUGGAGCAUCGCCAACACGUUGGUGUCCCAAGAGAGACCAGGGGACUUUAACCAGGCCAUGAUGGAGCUGGGGGCGAGGGUGUGCACCCCUAAAGGCCCCCAGUGCACCCAGUGUCCCAUACAGACUCUCUGCCACUCCUACAGGAAGGUUAGCGUCAAACGAGAGGAGAACUCAACAAAGCUUCUGGGUAAAUUGAACAAGGUACCUGCAUCUCUGCCAGAUAUAGAGGAUUGUGUGACCUCAGGAACAUGUAACCU